AAUUGCCUAGAUGUAUUAACAUUGAAGGUAGAAUUGGUAUAGCGGCACAAAUGUUAGGUCUAGCUCAAGGAUGUUUCGAUGCUACCAUUCCUUACACGUUAGAAAGACAGCAAUUUGGGACACCUAUAUUCCACUUUCAGGGAAUGCAACACCAAAUUGCCCACGUGGCCGCUCAAAUUGAAGCGGCACGAUUGCUGACCUACAACGCUGCCAGAUUGCUGGACCAAGGAGCGCCCUUCAUUAAAGAAGCGUCCAUAGCCAAAUACAUAGCCUCCGAAGUAGCCCAACAAACCACUGUUAAAUGUAUCGACUGGAUGGGAGGGGUAGGAUUCACCAAAGAUUUCCCACAAGAGAAAUUCUACAGGGAUGCAAAAAUAGGUAGCAUUUACGAAGGAACCAGCAAUAUACAACUUACAACAAUAGCAAAAUCAAUUGAGAAGCAGUACAAACAAUAGUUAUAAUUUUUAACUUAAAUUCUAAAUUGAAUUUGUAUAAAGUUUCAUAAAUCUGUUUUUUAUAUACCUGUUUAUAUACAUAACCUGUAUUAUUUACAAUGUUUCCAAUAUAUUUUUUAUGAAUUAACCUGAUAA